AGCCCAAUCCACCCAUUUAUAUUCACCACUUCCUUACCUUCACAUAGACUCAUCUCUCACUUCAGUCUCCUCUCCCAUUUCCUUCUUCUGAUCAGUUUUGCUGAAGCAAAGAUGGAGCAAAGGAGAAGCCUAAACCCUUCCUUCAUAUGGGUUCUGAUAGUUGUUAUAGUUUCUCAGAACUUGGUGAUCAUUCCUGUCAUGUCCAGAAACUUUGAAGAUCAAAAGCACUACUACUCCUCCCCCAGCCCACAUACUGGAGGUACUCCAAGAGAUCCACACAAGAGUCCUCCCCAUGGAACUUCACCAUCACCCUCACAUGGAAGUGGUGGAAGCUGCAAUCCUACACCUUCAACACCUUCACCACCUUCUACAGGUGGUGGUGGUGGUGGUGGAUACUACCACUCUCCUCCAAGUUCUGGCAGUGGUGGUGGCACUCCAUCCACUCCAACUGUUGCGCCCAUUACCCCAACCAUUCCCAGUAUCUCUUCACCACCACCACCACUGAUGCUUGAUCCCAAUACACCCCUUGGUGGUACAUGCAAUUUCUGGAGGACACACCCAGCACUGAUAUGGAGUCUGCUAGGCUGGUGGGGUACAGUGGGAGGUGUGUUCGGUGUUCUAGCCACUCCAGCAACGGGGACAAGCCUUAGCUUGCCACAAGCACUAGCCAACACACGCAGUGAUGGGAUCGGUGCACUCUACCGAGAAGGGACAGCUUCCUUCCUCAACUCCAUGGUAAAUAAGAAGUUCCCUUUCACCACCAAGGAAGUGAAGGAUAGCUUUGUCAGGGCAGUAGCAUCUAACAAGGCUGCAGCAGCUCAAGCAGAGCUUUUCAAGCAAGCUAAUGAGGGUCGUCUCAAGCGCAAAACUUGAAACACACACAGCUUUUCAAUUUCAGUUUUAACAGCUUUUGUUAAGUCUCUAGACAUUUGAGUUUCUUUUAGGGUUGUUUGCAUG